ACGGUGGCACAGUCUUCUAGUUCACCUAGUCCGUGUGGUCGGGCGUUGUGGUCGCGUUGACUGUAGUGGGCAGGACUUGUUUCGUUGAAGAAGGCUCUUGUAGGUCUCUUGGUUAUACACUUAACCCUCGACUCAAAAAAAGUACGGCACGGUUUGGAAUCGGGAAGCGCAGGUGGUGUUUGUGUGACGAAGCUUCUUCAGCAGCGCUUGAAAUGGGGGCGAAUCGCCAACUGCUGAUGAGGGCUUUCUGGCUGCAGCUGCUCUUCAGUACACUGACCCUCGGAGUUGGAGGACACGAGGCGUACUACGAAGAGGACGGUGGCCUCUGGGGUCCUUCCGAAGUGAAGCGGCAGGGCCUGAUCCCGUUCCCGAGGGUCGGGCGGUCGGCCGGCCGAGACCUGGGUCGUGGACCCGAGGAACUGCUCACCCUGGACACCGAGCUUGGCUCCGACUGGGCCUUUCUGCUCCUACCCUACAAGCGACGCAGCAACAACUUCACGCCACGCAUUGGACGCAAGCGAAGGUCCGUGUCCGAGGACGGUGGCCACGGGGACUCCUCCGACAUGCGGGCGCUGUCUAGGCACUCCUGGCCGGCACUGGACUGGUCCUACCCCAGGAUGUCCCAGCAGAUGAUCCCCGUCCCCAGGAACGGCAGGGGAUCGUUCGUGCCCAGGCUGGGCAAGCGAAGAAUGGGCUACGACGAUCCCGAGUCCUGGGACAGCAGAGAGUUCUCGGCGUCCGGCGAUCCGAAGCGAGGCUCCUUUACACCUAGGAUAGGCAGGGCCGCCUUCACGCCUAGAAUAGGCAGGACCCCGUUUACGCCGAGGAUCGGGCGCAGCGGCGACUCCAACAAGGACACCAUGUCCAACGACGACAAGGCUCAGUCAGCAUCGGGGUCGGACUCAAAUUCCCGCUCCUCUGUCUGAUUAAGAAGACCUAGGAGCCCAAGUUUCUCUACCGCGAGGGGAACAAAAAAAGCCGAUGCAUGCUGGAGCCUCUUCCAUCGAGCAGCCAAGCGGAUCAUCCCGUGGAUAAUUGGAAGAUUAUCCAGGACCACGGGGCUGCGCUGAAGAGGCUCGAGGAGGAACGCAUCACGUGUGUUGUGUUCCGCGUUGCACACCUGCUUGGUAUUAUAUGAAUAAAGUUAAUUUAAAAAGA